AUGUCGUCGUCGAUAACUCCAUCAGUUCCGUCAGCCACCACCACCACUGCUACUGAACCCUUUUCAGGUCGUUCGCUUACACCGCUUGAACCUCAACAUGCAAUUCCAUCUUAUUUAACAACUCAAAGACGUGGCUCAAUCACCGACCCCUCCCUCCAUUUGUCCGUUCCAAAUCCAGAAUUAGCAAGAAAAUACUCACAACCAGAUGUUAAUUUUCAAAACUCAAAUUCUUCAGAGCGACGCGGAUCUUUUGUAGACAACUUUCCGCCUUCGCCAUCGUCGUCAUUUUCACGCCCUUCUUCUGUAAAAAGUGAACAAUCGUUAUCGCCUAUGGAGACGCGUAAAUUAAGAGACACUUUACCUUCAAUUAGUGCAGGAGCAAGCCCUAUAAAAGACGGUUUUCCAGGACCCUUAAUGAAUCCUGCGUUUCAAGCUCAAAUACAGCAAAGAAGGCAUUCUAUUGCAGUUGGUGAGACCUUUACACCAUUAAAGCGAAAACCUUCUUUGAAUACACCUGCAAAUCCUAUUCAUCCUCUAAGCCCCGAAGAAUAUCCCGGUAAACGAAGGGAGUCAUAUUCGGAUCUUACUAUUCAACGAUUAUCACUUUAUGACCGUAGAAAUUCUUAUUCUGCUCCAUCAAGUCCUCCUGCACCACCACAAAAUUCUCUCGCCUCUCAAAGCAGUUCUUUACCAAAGCUUAAUAUUAAUGAAGUAGAAACAAGCCUACAAGAACAUGUAAAUACAUGUGGUAUUAAUCAAUAUGCGGACAUUGUAAUAUCCGACCUUCAUACUUCAUCCAAUAUUUCAUCAUCUCAUAUUAGUGGCGGAGGCAGUGAACCCGGAGAUACAUUUUCACCAUUUAACCCUCGUGUUUCUCAGCUUGUACAAGAUGACAUUAACACUCCAGUCAUCACUCGACGUGCUUCAAUGCCUGUAAUGACUUUUCCCUCGCGAUUCAAUGAAACAGUGGGACCACAAGAUCCAGCAUCUAUUCCAAUGGACGUAGAUCGUUAUCGGGGACAAUCUGGCUAUACAUCUCAUAAUCAUUACCAUCACCCAUAUCCCUAUGAUUAUCCUGGCUAUAUUCAACCGAAUACCCCGGUAAAAGAAACUCCAUAUUCUCGUUCACCCGAAUUAAGAAUUUCUCAUAAAUUAGCGGAAAGAAAAAGGAGAAAAGAGAUGAAGGAAUUAUUUGAUGAGUUGCGAGAUUCACUUCCAGUUGAUAAGAGUUUAAAGACAAGUAAAUGGGAAAUACUUAGUAAAGCUGUCGAUUUUAUUAAUACACUAAAACAAAACCAAGAGGAGAUUUCUAAGGAAGUUGAAUCAUUACGCCAAGAAUUGGCAGCACUGAAAGGUGGAAGUGAUAAUACAAAUGCUUCAACAUCGUAA